UUGCUCAGUUUUACUGUCACAGUUGCGAGUGAACGAUGGUUGCACGGCGUACAAUUGUUGCUGCCAUAAUAUGUAUUUUAAACUGUGCGGUAGAGUUCAUAGAUUGCUACAGAAUAUUGUGCAUCUGCCCGCGAGCUUCAAUCAGUCAUCAAGUCGUGUUUCGCAGCUUUACUUUGGCCUUGAACAAACGGGGGCACGAAAUUAUCUUUGUAACCUCGGAUCCCAUGAAUGAUCCAACUUUAAAAAACUACACGGAAAUUGACAUCAGUUUUCUUUACAAAUCGAAUUACAUCACGGUUCUAGACAUGAAGGAUUGGUUUGGCUCGUUUUACAAAUUGAGCGGCAUGGCGAAUUUACAAACCGAUCAAAUUCUCCAGCAUCCGGAGUUCAGAAAGAUAUAUACAGCUGGUAGUAACGAAAAUUUUGACAUGGUACUACUAGAGAUGUUAUACUGGCCUGCUCUCUUCGUACUGGGUAAAAGAUUCGAUGCACCGGUUAUCGGAUUGUCACCCAUGGGACUGACGAUGAACGUUCAGUACGUGCUGGGCAAUCCCAUUAUGACGUCGCAUCCAUCAAAUUGGGAACUCUACUCGAAAUCCUCACCACUGACGUUUUGGGACAGGUUGGGAAAUUUCGUCAGCUUCUGGAGAUUUCUCCACUAUUAUAAAAACAAUCACGUAACGGAGCAAGCGGCAAUUGCACGAAAAUACUUUGGCGAAGAUAUUCCCGAUCUCGAGGAAUUGGAGAAAAAUGUCAGUCUCGUUUUCGCCAAUCAACAGACACCCAUAUCCUUCUCGAGGCCGGAGGUUCGAAAAAUUGUUGAAAUCGCCGGCUUUCACGUUUCUCCACAAAGCAAACCUUUACCCAAGGACAUCAAAAAAAUCUUGGAUGGGGCUACGCAAGGGUUUAUUUACAUGAGUCUUGGGUCGAACAUGAAAAGCAGCAUGCUGUCGAAUGAGACGCGGAAUGAGUUGACGGCAGCAUUCUCUAAGCUGCCGUACGAAGUGUUGUGGAAAUUUGAGAACGAUGUUCUUCCGGACAAGCCGAAAAACGUUCACAUCAUGAAAUGGAUACCGCAACAGGCUGUUCUGGCCCAUCCGAAUCUGAAAGUCUUCGUGUACCAAGGAGGUCUCCAAAGCACCGAGGAGACCGUGUCUCAUGGAGUUCCCGUUGUUGGAAUACCAACUUGGGGCGACCAGAGAAUGCAGAUUGACAAAAUGGUGUCACUUGGAGUCGGGAAGAAAUUGGAGCUCCGCACGAUGAACAGAAAUGAGAUCGAAGAAGCGAUUAGAACUGUAGCAUCCAACAAGAGGUACAAGGAUGAAAUGGUAAAGCUGAGCACUCUGUUGAAAGAAAAUUCUCAACAUCUGCUGGAAAAUGCCAUCUGGUGGACGGAGCAAGUACUUCGUCAUAAAGGAACCUCGCAUUUGCACUCCAUCACAGCUGACGAUCCGUGGUACCGUCGACAGGACAUGGAUCUAAUUGUUUUCAUUUCGGUUGGUACCACCGUAGUUUUAAUUCUCAUUUGCUACGUCUCGCACAAGCUGCUAACCGUUAUUAUCAGUGCGUGGAAAUCGCCAUCACUGGACAGGAAAAAAAAAUGGAAAUAAUUUCACAGCAUGUUUUUCGCGUCAAAACAAUGCGAAUAUUUAAGUUCAUCACGAUUCGUAGACUAUGUUCCUACCACUAUGAAAUCAUGACAUUCAAUUCAUUUUCAACUUGAGCAAAUUUAUUUUGUAAUUACCACAAGUAAUAAAAUGUAUUAGAUGUAAUUCCACUUUGGAAGCACCGUUGUUUCAGCUAAGAAUGAAUCUGCUCAAGUUGAGAAAUAAUUGAAUGACACGAUUUUAUAGUGGUUGAAAUGCUUUACGAAAGAAACACACAUAAUCUUGUGAUGAGUCUAGUAUUUUCGCAAUUAAUCUCGAAAAGAGCGAAUUUUUACAUGAUUUCAACCUCAAUCUUGAAUAACCUUAGGAAGAGUUGGGUUAUCAAAAAAUGAUAAGGGACCUUUUUUGUAGAGCGUUGAAUUCCCUACAAAAAUGUGUAUAUAUUGCCUCGUUACUGAGCUACAAAAUUCGGAAUGAAAUUAAAACUAUUUUCAUGUAUUAACCAAUUAUAAAAUAAAAAAUGGUGUUCAGGAACUAUCGAGUGUCAAAGUUAAA